CUUCAUACGUCAUCCCCCACUCUUCCGGGUUAUUUUGUUCGGGUGAACUGUGGACUCCGCAACUGUUGUGGUACUUUUAACAGUAGUAUCGCCAACAUGAAUCGUAUUUUUGGCCGCGGUAAACCUAAAGGGCCUCCACCAAACCUAACGGACUGCAUAGGAACUGUGGAUUCCAGGGCGGAGUCGAUCGACAAGAAAAUCGCCAGACUUGAUGCAGAACUUGUCAAGUACAAGGAUCAAAUGAAGAAGAUGAGAGAUGGGCCUUCAAAGAACAUGGUGAAGCAAAAGGCCAUGAGAGUUCUGAAGCAGAAGAGGAUGUAUGAGGGCCAGAGAGAUAAUCUCAUGCAGCAGUCCUUCAACAUGGAACAAGCAAACUAUACAAUCCAGAACCUCAAAGACACUAAAACCACAGUGGAUGCCAUGAAGAUUGGCCUUAAAGACAUGAAGAAAGCAUACAAGAAUGUGAAUAUUGAUAAGAUUGAGGAUAUCCAAGAUCAGCUGGAGGACAUGAUGGAGGACGCAAAUGAAAUCCAGGAGUCUCUGAGCAGGAGCUACGGCACACCGGACAUAGAUGAGGAUGACUUGGAAGCAGAGCUGGAUGCUCUGGGAGAUGAGCUCUUGAUGGAUGACGACAGCUCGUACCUAGAUGAGGCUGCGACUGCUCCCUCCAUUCCGGAGGGGGUUCCAGGAGACAGGUCCACCAACAGGGAUGGCGUUCUGGUGGAUGAGUUUGGCCUUCCUCAGAUUCCCGCUUCUUAAAGGAGCAAUUCGACUAAAUGAUGUGGAAGUUUUACAUGUAUCAUAUUCUUUUCUCUUGUUUGUAUUUAUCCAACUGACACUCCGGGCCUUUGAACACAGCAAUGAAAACCAAAGUAUCUUCUGCCUGAUGGAUUAGAAAGUUGCAAUCUGGCCCCUUUAACUAAAGCUUAAGAUUGUUUCUUCAACUGGGCUCCUCCCACUUUAAAUAAUGGUUAGAAAUGGGGUUCUCUUAACUUUGUACAGUUUCCGAAU